GCUGUUGUAGGAACACCGCGCGUUCCUAUUGGACGCUGUGUUAUCCUACCCUUUCUUGUGUCCCGAGCGCUGAUUGGUGCGUUGACUUUGGUGGGCGGAAGUGUCGCCGGCGCGCUGUCCAAGCUGGCACCGCACAUGGAUGUUGACAAGGUGAUGUCAUCGUGGAUGAGGAGGUCACUGUCAGCAUGGAGGACCACGCGGAGACCGACGUAGUCAGUGAAAUGGAGGAGACACGAGUGGAGGAGGAAUGUCGGGCAGGAGAAGACGCGGUGCUGAAAGGAAGCCAUCUUUACAGGGCGGAGCAGGAGCUGGUGGAGGCCCCAUCUAUAUUGACCGAGGAUCUUGUGGGGGCCCCAUCUAUAAUGACUGAGGAACUUGUGGGGGCCCCAUCUAUAAUGACUGAGGAACUUGUGGGGGCCCCAUCUAUGACUGAGAAACAGGUGGGGGCCCCAUCUAUGACUGAGAAACAGGAGGGGGCCCCAUCUAUGACUGAGAAACAGGAGGGGGCCCCAUCUGUAAUGACUGAGGAACAGGAGGGGGCCCCAUCUGUAAUGACUGAGGAGCUGGUGGGGGCCCCAUCUGUAAUGACUGAGGAACAGGAGGGGGCCCCAUCUGUAAUGACUGAGGAACAGGAGGGGGCCCCAUCUGUAAUGACUGAGGAGCAGGAGAGGGCCCCAUUUGUAAUGACUGAGGAGCUGGUGGGGGCCCCAUCUGUAAUGGCUGAGGAGCUGGUGGGGGCCCCAUCUGUAAUGACUGAGGAGCAGGAGGGGGCCCCAUCUGUAAUGACUGAGGAGCAGGAGAGGGCCCCAUUUGUAAUGACUGAGGAGCUGGUGGGGGCCCCAUCUGUAAUGGCUGAGGAGCUGGUGGGGGCCCCAUCUGUAAUGACUGAGGAGCAGGAGGGGGCCCCAUCUGUAAUGACUGAGGAGCAGGAGAGGGCCCCAUUUGUAAUGACUGAGGAGCUGGUGGGGGCCCCAUCUGUAAUGGCUGAGGAGCUGGUGGGGGCCCCAUCUGUAAUGACUGAGGAGCAGGAGAGGGCCCCAUUUGUAAUGACUGAGGAGCUGGUGGGGGCCCCAUCUGUAAUGGCUGAGGAGCUGGUGGGGGCCCCAUCUGUAAUGACUGAGGAGCAGGAGAGGGCCCCAUUUGUAAUGACUGAGGAGCUGGUGGGGGCCCCAUCUGUAAUGGCUGAGGAGCUGGUGGGGGCCCCCUCUGUAAUAACUGAGGACCAAGCUGGAGCAUUGGAUGAAGAUCAGACAGGAGGCCAUGUGACUGUCAUGGACGUAGCUGGUGAUGCCCCCCUUAGCAAUGUCCAGGACACAGAUGAGACCAACAUGGAGGAUGAGGGUCUCGGCCCACCAGCCAAGAAGUCCUGUCCUGAUCAGCCCCAGCCGGUAUGUGAUGAAUGCCAGGACGAUGCACGGGGGGUGGGAGAAGACACAGAGACCCCAGAAGAUGCCUACAGUCCAGCACGAUAUGACUUCUCCGGGCAGCCGUGGGCACUGACUGGUGCGUGGGCAGAGUACACCAGCUUCCCAGAGAACUUCCUGAAAGGGUGCAAGUGGGCUCCCGAUGGAUCCUGUAUAUUAACAAACAGCGAUGACAACAUCCUGAGGAUCUAUAACCUGCCCCCGGAGCUGUACUCUGCUGAAUGGGACCUGCUGCAGGAAAUGGCUCCAGUUCUCCGGAUGUCGGAGGGAGACACCAUAUACGAUUAUUGCUGGUAUCCCCUGAUGAAUUCCUGUGAGCCGGACUCCUGCUUUGUCGCCAGCAGCAGCCGUGACAACCCCAUACAUGUCUGGGACGCCUUCACCGGGCACCUCAAGGCUUCAUACCGAGCCUAUAACCAUCUGGACGAGCUGACCGCCGCUCACUCGCUGUGCUUCUCGCCGGAUGGAUCCCGCCUGUUUUGCGGCUUCGAUAAGAUGGUUCGCAUAUUUGACACUUCCCGGCCUGGAAGAGACUGCGAGAGUCGCCCCACGUUCCAGAAGAAGCUGGGUCAGCCGGGGAUCAUCUCGUGCAUGGCCUUCAGCCCGGAUCAGGACAUGUAUGCCUGCGGCUCGUACUCCCGAUGUCUGGGCCUCUACUCCUAUGAGGAAGGGGUGACGCUGGCCGUCCUGCACGGCCCAAUAGGAGGCGUCACCCACCUGCUGUUCUCUGCAGAUGGCCGCUGCAUCUUCUCCGGAGGCAGAAAGGACCCUGAGAUCUUGUGCUGGGACGUCCGUCACCCCGGGCAGGUUCUGACCUCUCUGAGACGUAACGUCACCACCAACCAGAGGAUGUACUUUGACAUGGAAAGCUCCGGCCGCUACCUUCUCAGUGGGGACACGCAGGGGGUGGUGUCUGUAUGGGACAUGUUAUCACCGCCGGAGGACGGCGUAUUGUUACCGACACUGCAGUUCCAGGGGCAAAAAGACUGCGUGAACGGCAUCAGCCUUCACCCAUCUCUACCCAUCCUGGCCACCGCGUCAGGACAGCGAAAAUUCCCGGAGUCGGAAGAUGAGAUGAGCGAAGAUGACUCCCUGAAGAAGUCACUAAAGAGAGCGAAACCCGUCAAGGCUGGAGAAAACUCGCUGCAGCUCUGGUGGUGCGGAGGAGGCAGAAGCAGCGAUGAUGGCUAACAGCAGUGUUUCUCAACCAGGGUGCCUCCAGCUGAUGCAAAACUACAACUCCCAGCAUGCCUGGACAGCCUUCGGCUGUCCCGGCAUGCUGUGAAUUGUAGUUUUGCAACAGGCUGGACUAUAUGAGACACAGGAGCACAGCAGACAUAAUGUCCCAUAGACAUGGUGCACCUCACAUUACCGUAUACACUGAUUUUUCUUCUAUUUUGUACAUAUGUAUUUUUUGAGGUAUCUGUAAAUAUUUUAUACCUGGUGUACAGUGUGAAUUCAAUAAAGAUUCCCGUA